UUUCUAUAUUAAAAAGAAACUGUAAUUAGUGUCUAAGGAUACUGAAAUUAUUAAGUCCUAAAUUAUCUAACCUUCAUUACCUCUCUCAAAUAUAAACCUCUCAACUGGAGACCAUAUCCUAUAAACCUCUCAUCUGAAGUUCAACCCCUUGCUUCUUUCAUCCCCUAGCACUUCAAUUUCACUGCAGCAAUUAUUAGCAGUUAGCACUACUUCUGAGAAAGAGGCAGAAUGGUGUAUCCAGACAAAAAUCAUCUCAUUGAAACGCUGCAACAGAUUGCAGUUCGAUGGGAAUCAGACAUGCCGGAAACUUCAAAGUCUCGAAUCAAGUUCCUUAAUAGGGAUUUCGAAUUCCUUCAUAUUUUCCUAAGCUUGCAGAGCUUCACAGAUCUAUCAGACAAGCUUGAUGUCACACACAAAGUUCAAGCUUUGUUUCAAGAUUCUGCCAUUGACCUCAUAAAAGUCAGCAAGAUCAAUCAUGUUGAUCGCGUUAUCUCUCGGAUACACGAAAAGAUUCUGAUCACUAAGUUGGAAAUCAGAGCUAUCCAGUUAGUAUUAUCCAAUAAAGAUGGUAUCCAUACUCCCAAAUUCGUAAUUGAAUUCAUUGAUACUGUCAUUUUGAAUCUGGCUGAGUUUGUUGGAGAACUGGGAGAUGUCUUUAAGGAGUUGAAGUUAUUGAGGAGUUUUGUCUGUUUUGUUUCGGAAAGAUCCAUAGAGCCGAAAAGCCAACAUGUUUUCUUCACUCACGUUUUAGAUGUAGUUGGUCGCGCAGCAAUGAUUGCCUGGUUGUAUUUCCCGAGCAAUGGUGGCUGUGAAAAUCAAGAAAUGAACAAUUUACUUUCUGAUCUUCUGCAGAUGAAGAUUAAGCCCAUUCAUCCAGGCGUUCGUAAGAUCUAUAUUGAUGUCCUGCAAGCUGUAAGGCAUCCGAUUAUCCAAAUUGAGAAUGCAGCUGAUUGUGUAGCUGGCUUUGUGGAGACUCUCCAGCACAACUUGAAAGAGGUACCAACUAUUUGUAAUCCUAGUCGCAUAGUUGCUUCAAUUGAUCAAAUUGCAGUCCUUGAGGAGAUGCUAGGGCUCUUGAUUAAGAAUCUCGUCCAAUUGUCCAUACAAAAUCUUGAAUUUCACCUUCAAGAUAUUGACGCGGUGGUGGUUGAUUCUGGACUUCUUGUUUACUCGUUAUAUGAAGAUGUAGCAUUGCAGGAAGUGACUCUUGAUUUGCCAGGUAUCAUUCAGCGUAUCAAGAGAUUGAUCUACCUCAUCAUCCGGAAGGAGUUCCAAUCUAGUUUGCCAAGGAUUCAUGGAAUAGGCUAUGUAGAUUUCGUGUUAAACAACCUGAAGGAAUUACAAGAACGUUAUCCAGUUGCACUUGCUUAUGUCAAGACUCAACUUCAAAUGAUUCAAACAGUAUUGGAUGGAUUCCGAUCUAUUCUCAGGUUUGUUGCAGAAAAAAGACACAAAAAACUUCAGAAUUCUGUGGCACUACUGAUUAGCAAAGCGUAUGAGGUAGAAUAUAUCGUCGAUGGUUGUGUAAGCAAUAAAGUUCCUGACUGGUGUCUUAUGCUCUGGCUCUUGGAACUCAUAGAGGAGAUUAGAGCAGAGCUAGCAAAGAUCCCAGUUCUUGAGGAUGACUCAGUGUCACAUGAUCCCAUGGAUAUUGGCACUUCUCAUACGUCAUCAGUAUUGGCAAGAACUCUGAGGAUUGAUGACGAAAUUGUAGGCUUUGAGGAUGAAAUUGGAACACUAAUACGCCAACUUACAGGAGGAUCCAAAAAGCGAGAUAUCAUCUCAAUCGUUGGCAUGCCUGGAGCGGGAAAGACAGCCUUGGCCAACAGACUCUUUUUAGAUAAAUCAGUUGUCCGUCACUUUGAUGUCCAUGCACGAUGUUACAUGUCUUCAGCACAUUCAAGGAGGGAACGGUUACUGUCUAUUUUGGAGAUGCUACAUGUUUCUAUAGAUGAGAGUUCUCUUCUUAGUAAAAAGACUAAUGAUUUAGCAGCAAUGCUUCGCAAAAUUUUACAUACCGGAAGAUAUCUUAUUCUCCUUGAUGACGUCCCAGAUGCUCGGGCGUGGGAUGAUUUAGAACCGUGCUUCUGCGAUACCAAUAAUGGAAGCCGAAUUCUUCUAACAACGCGACACUAUAAUGUUGCCAACAAUGUUAAAUUACUUAGUGAACCCCUUUGUCUUCGCAUGCUUGAUGAUGGUGAAAGUUGGAUGUUACUAAAAAAGAAAGUAUUUGGUGAAGGAUUCUGCUCCCCUCUCCUUGAAAAAGUUGGACGAAAGAUAGCAAGAAAGUGUGGAGGGCUGCCUCUUUCAAUUGUUUUUGUGGCGUGUAUACUCGCAAGGAAGGAAAGGGCAGAACAAUGUUGGAAGCAAGUGGCCAGGAGUUUAGGUUCUGAAAUUCCCUGUUACCCAGAGAACAUUAUAGAACAAAGUUAUCAGGAUUUGCCGUAUCAUUUAAAGUCAUGCUUUCUUUACUUUGGAAUGUUUUCAGAUCAGGAAGAAAUUAACAUUUCAAAGUUAACAUUGUUAUGGAUUGGAGAAGGGUUUGUGAAAGGUGACGAACACAAGAGUUUGGAAGACAUAGCAGAAGGUUACUUGAAGAAUCUUGUUGAAAGUAAUCUAGUGAUGCUUGCUAAGAGGAGUUAUGGUGGUAAGGUCAAAGUAUGUCGCAUUCAUGAUAUCUUGUUUCAUUUCUGCAAAGCAAGAGCACAUACGGAGAACCUUAUACAAAGGAUACAGAGGCCCCAAGGAUAUGUUUAUUCUCCCAAGCAGCUUGCUCAACGUCGACUGGCCUUCUAUGCGGAAGUUGAUGAUCUUGUAAAAUGGAGUUCUUCUUGCUCACUUGUUAGCUCUGUACUGUUCAGGGAAGCUAACACUGAUGCAUCCUCUUCAAUUGCUCAAGCCGCAGAUAUGUUUCACGAUUUUAGGUUUCUAAGAGUAUUGGAUUUGGAGUUCACUAUGAUUGAUUCUUUCCCAACUGACAUGGUCUACUUGAGAUACUUUGCUGCACGAACUUCUCAAGAGUCAAUUUCGUCAUCCAUAGACAAGUUGUGGAACCUUGAAACCUUGAUAGUCAAUCGAAUAGAAGGAUAUUUGUCAGUACCCUUUACAAUUUGGAAGGUGGGUAAAUUGAGGCAUCUGCACGUUUCCCCCUACUUCACUUCAGAAGAAUUGCUCGAAGACUCCUCAAAACUAUAUAAUCUGGGAACCCUUUCCACUCCAUAUUUUUCUUGUGUAGAAGAAUUGCUCGAAGACUCCUCAAAACUAUAUAAUCUGGGAACCCUUUCCACUCCAUAUUUUUCUUGUGUAGAGGAUGCGGAGUCGCUGCUGAGAAAAACACCUAACAUUCGGGAACUGAGAUGCAAAUUUAAGGGUAUGAGAAGUGGUCAAUUCCCUGUACUGGAAUUUCCAACACAGCUUGAGGUGCUAGACAUUUUCGGUGAUCAGUCUGUAAAAGUCCUACCAUAUCUUAUAUGCAUCUCCGCGUCAAAUCUCAAAAAGUUGAAAGUAUCCUUCUUUAAACUGGGUGUUCAACACUUAUCAAACAUUUAUCGGCUCCCGAAUAUUCAGACACUUGAACUCACUUCUGUUGAAUUUGAGAAUGAAGAAUGGAAAGUGGAUGACGAGUUAUUUCAACUCAAAGUCUUGAAACUAGUAAAUUGUUUAAGUCUUAAAGAAUGGACUGCCUCUGAUGAUGCACUUCCUAACCUUGAACACUUGGUUGUGCAUUGUUGUCAAUUACUCACGAAGAUCCCUUCUUGUUUCACAGAAAUCUGUUCUCUGAAGUACAUUGAGGUAGAUAAUUGCAACGAAUCGGUUGUCGACUCAGCCAAGUUUAUCCAAGAAACAAAAGUUGAAGAUUAUCAAAAUAAUGAUUUUGAGCUCGUCAUCAAGGAUCAUAACUCAGAUGAUUUUAAAAGAAGGUGAAGGAUCUGGUUACUGUAAGCUGGGACAUAAGGUUCUAUCUAGUAUUUUGGACACAACAAUUAACUUUGGUGAACCUUAUGCAUCGAUCAGUCAGCCGUCUUGUGGCUCCAUGGUUCGGAGCGUGUGCCUUACGCACUAGGCAUUGAGAGAAUUGGUAUUUCCUGUUCACACAUGUAGGGGUGCUUCUUUUUCUUUUUUUUGGUUAACUUGAACUUUCUCUUAGCAGAAGUGUCAAAAUGAUCACUGAGAUAGUUUAGAAGUGCAAUUAACAUUUCAUGCAAAGUUUGAGCGUCCAUCUGUGUAAUUGGCCUCAUAUUGUUUUAAUUUUCAAUAUGAACAAACUAAGCAAUAAUGAGUUUAAACUGAUGAGAAGGUCAAAUGUUUUUGGAGGA